UUAGCAAGGGCUUAGCUGGUCACAAGCUGAGGUGCUCAACAGGCUGAGAUUUAUGUACAGUCCUGAAGAGCUCACUGCGCCAGUAGGAAGGUUCAGAGCAGGCUGGCUUUGCAGAGGAAUUUCAUACCACUCACACACUGAAGAUAGGCUGAUCUCAAAGGACACAAGCUCAAGAGAGGUGAAAAUUAAGAGGGGACCAAAACAUCAAAGAGUAGCAGGUGGGAGAGAAAGGAUCUUUCCAGCAGAAAGAAUCCAGGAAGAAAAUAUGAUUACUUUAUCCAAUGUGACACAGACCCUGGAAGAUGUCUUCAAAAGGAUUUUCAUUACGUAUAUGGACAACUGGCGAAGGAAUGAGACUAUGGAGCAAGCGGCUCUCCAAGCCACAGUGGAUGCGGAGAACUUCUACUACGUCAUCUUGUACCUCAUGGUGAUGAUCGGAAUGUUCUCUUUCAUUGUUGUAGCUAUCCUGGUGAGCACAGUGAAAUCCAAGCGACGGGAACAUUCCCACGAUCCCUACCACCAAUACAUCGUGGAGGAUUGGCAGGAAAAGUACAAAAGUCAAGUUUUGCAUCUGGAGGAAUCAAAGGCCACCAUCCAUGUGAACCCUGGUGCUACAGGGUUUCAAAUGUCUCCUUGAUUAGGGAGAGAGGUAUGGCGCUGAGACCCGACAUCCAGGUGCUGUGAGAUGCCCACAGGUUGCACAAAUCCACUGUCACUGCCUAGAAGACAGUAAGUUCCUCCUUGCUCUCCAUUGAGAAUUUUCACAAACAUUAUGUGGCUGGCCAGCUGAGACAGAUGACAUUUCAAUUGUAGUGAUUUAUAUUUGCUUAUUGGAGGGACAUUUUGUGCUGAAGACCUCUUUUAUUUUCUAUGCAAUGUAAAUGCCAUUUAAAUCAAUGUCAGUAGUGGAAAUAAAAGCAAAUUUAAAGCAAAGGGCCUGGGCUGUGGCGGUGGAAAGAGAAAGGACAGAUUCACAAAUCACUGAACCUUCUUUCUCAUGAAACAUUAGCUUGGAUGUGACAAAUUCAAUUUGUAAAUACUCAGAUGUAUUUUUCAGAAGCUGAGGUUCAAAAUUUAUUACUUGCUCACUGGAUUGACACUGAAAUGUUUCUUAUUAAUUUAUGAGCACAGUCUGAUGUGAUGAAUGAACAGAACCACAAGGUUACAUUUAUUGUUUCCCUGGUAUUUAACUUACUUGGAGAUUUGAAGAUAGAAAAAAACAUUGCAAAGGGCAAAUAAUCCAUAGCAGCAAAGUCAAAUAUUUAAGAAACAACUGGUGUGACAGAAACAUAUUUGAAACUAUCGUUUAAACUUUUGUAGAAAAUUAACCUGUAAAGUUCUCAUUAUUUAAGAAAAAUCGUACAAAGUUAUGGCAUGGAUCUAUAAAAACUCAUUCUUUUCAUUUAACUGCAUUUUAUUUACACUUAUUUUCCUUUAUGUUUGAAGAGACUAAAGUUACAGAAAGUGUCUAAAUUGCUGAUGUCUGUUGAAAAGCUAGACAGAAACUGCUAUUUUGUAGCAUGGUAGAGGGCGGGGAGCCAGGGAGAUGUGGGCCAAAAGAUGCAAAAUUUCAGUUAGAUAGGAGAAAUUAACUCUAGAGAUCUACAGUGUAGUACAGUAUGGUAUACAGUAUGGUAACCAUAGUAACAGUGUAUUGUACUCUUGAAAAUUGCUAAGAGUAUGCUGGGUGUGGUGAUGGAAGCCUGUAAAUCCAGAAUUUGGGAGGUUGAGGCAGGAGGUUUGCCACAAGUAUGAAGCCAGACUGGGAUACAGGAUAAGUUCAACAUCACCCUAAACUAUAUAGCAAGAUCCUGUCUUAAAAACAAACAGCAAAGAGUGGUUGUGAAGUGUUCCCCCCCCCAAAAUGGUAACUACAGUGUACUUGUGGUAUGGCAAUGCCUGUGUUAAUUAGCUAGAUUUAGACAUUCCACAAUGUA